AUGAUCAUAAGAGCAUCAUUAUCGCUUACUCUUAACCCAACUCUUCUCCUAAAUCCAAUUAAAAAACAAUUAAGAAAAGACAGAAGCCCAAGACUCGCCUCUUGCGUAAGAGGACUGAUUCGGUUUGAUUUCGAAACUUCCACCACCGGAAUCGCCGCCGUCUCAGUCGCUUCCCCGCCUCCUCCGUCCCGACCUUCCUCCCCAACGCCUCCUCCGUCCCGAUCAAUCUCUGAAGCUCUUGAUAUCCUCUUCUCAGGGGCAUGCGUUGAGCUAGAGCACGGACUGGCAGAGAGAUGUACGUAUGGGGAGAGGAUUCUAGGAUCAAGCUCUGAGUAUGUGCAGAGCAAUAUUACUCGUUACUUCUCUGAUCCUCGAUACUAUUUCCAAGUGAAUGAUCAGUAUGUUAGGAACAAACUCAAGGUUGUUAUGUUUCCUUUCCUUCACCGGAGACAUUGGACUAGAAUCUCUGAACCAGUUGGGGGUAGGCUCUCAUACAAGCCUCCCAUCUAUGAUAUCAAUGCGCCAGACUUGUACAUUCCCUUUAUGGCAUUUGGUACAUACGUUGUUCUUGCUGGUCUUUCACUGGGACUUAAUGGAAAGUAA